AUGGGAAAUGCAAUAAAUAAACUGAUUGAUCAUUACAGCAAUGUAGAAAAGAAGAAGAAGAGCGAGUACAAGUUUGGGAAGGUGUUGGGCUGCGGGUCCUUCGGAGUCGUGCGAGAAUGCAUCAACAAACAAACGAAGGAAGUGUACGCCGACUUCUUUGAGGACAAACAUAAGUUUUACAUAAUUCUGGAAAAGUGUGAAGGGGGAGAGUUGUUUUAUACAGUGGUGAAAAAUAAGUGUCUACUGGAGAGUGAGUCCAUCCAGAUUGUACGCCAGAUCUGCUGCGCACUGGAGUAUUUGCACUCGAGGAACAUAAUUCACCGGGACAUUAAGGCAGAGAACUUCCUCUUUAAAAAUAAAAACACGAAAAGCAUCAAGUUGAUUGACUUCGGAAUGGCCAAGAAGGUGAACUGCGAAUACCUAACCGAACUGUGCGGCUCCCCCCAUUACAUUUCGCCUGAACUGAUCAGGAAGAAGUACACAAUCUCGUCGGACAUUUGGGCCCUGGGGGUGAUGGUGUUCUUCAUGCUGACUGGAAAAUACCCAUUUGAGGGGAAGAACACUCCCAAAGUUGUGGACGAAAUACUCAACAAAAAUAUAAACUGGAAGAGCAAAGAAUUCUCCUCCCUUUCCGUCGAGGCCGUGGAUUUUUUAAAAAAGCUGUUGGAGAGAAAUGAAAAGAAAAGACUCACGGCAUAUCAAGCGCUCAACCACCCGUGGAUCAAGCCCCAAGUGGAGUAG